GCGAAAAGCCUUAUGAACUUGUGAAUGCAAAAAUUGAUACCGAUCUUCUCGUCAUACAACUAUCCUUAAGCUACCGUGAAGAUGCUCUGUUCAAGGCUUGGACAUAUUACAACAUAGCAACCCUCAAUUUCGAAAUUGAUCAGCUCCUGUACGACUUUUCGCGACGAUUUGCUUCUCCUGCGGAAAGGUUC